GCCUGAAUCCGGAAACAGAAAGUCCCCAGGCCCGGCACCGCGGGAGCCACCUCUUUCGAGGGUGGGCGUGCACAUGCGCACAGGGGGCCUGAAAAAACCCUUAAAUACCGUCAUGCGGGCUGAUGAGGCCUCUUUCCCUGCCGCCGCGGAGUCGCGCGGAGGCGGAGGCUUGGGUGCGUUCAAGAUUCCGCUUCACCCGUAACCCACCGCCAUGGCCGAGGAAGGCAUUGCUGCUGGAGGUGUAAUGGACGUUAAUACUGCUUUACAAGAGGUGCUGAAGACCGCCCUCAUCCACGAUGGCCUAGCACGUGGAAUUCGCGAAGCUGCCAAAGCCUUAGACAAGCGCCAAGCCCAUCUUUGUGUGCUUGCAUCCAACUGUGAUGAGCCUAUGUAUGUCAAGUUGGUGGAGGCCCUUUGUGCUGAACAUCAGAUCAACCUAAUUAAGGUUGAUGACAACAAGAAACUAGGAGAAUGGGUAGGCCUCUGUAAAAUUGACAGAGAGGGGAAACCCCGUAAAGUGGUUGGUUGCAGUUGUGUAGUAGUUAAGGUAAGUCACCAUUUAUUUUAGGGAUGAAGGUUGUGCUGGGUAAUCAUGUAACACCUUGUAUUGAAAUUAAGUUGAGGAUCUUAAAAAAGGAAAAAACUGAUUGAACAGGUUUAAAGCAUUUUCUGCAUUUCAGAAAAAAAUAAAAGCUGUAAUUUACAAGCCAGCCAAUGAAUCUGCUUACCUGAUUGUGUUUGUGCAGACAUACUUUAAAAACUGGCAAUAGUAAAGCCAUGUUACGAGCCUUAAGGACAUUGAAGUCGUUAAGGUCCCUGAAAGUGGCUAUAACAAAUCUUAGUGAUGAGAAACAUAUUUAUAAGACAUAGCUAAUUGUUGAAGC